AUGACAUAUGAACCAUCUGUUCAAAAUUUAACAUUUGAUGCUUCUAACGGGGAAAUACUGUUAGUUGAAACAACAACUAAAAAUAAUUUGGUUCGACGAUGGAUUUUAGCAAUGUUCAUUGGUUCCGUACCAAUUCUAACUAUUUUAUUUCUUUGGAUUUUAACAUCGAUCGUCAUCAAUAAUGUUGUCAGAUAUUAUUACAAGAAGAAAGCGUGUCGUGAACGUAACAAAGAAACUACUAUCGAAAAUCAACUGCUAUCUACCGCUGAAACAAUGACAGAAUUGAUGCCUAAUAGUAGAUUUGCAUGUACUCAAGUUUAA